GUGUUUUGGUACAUCACUUUUUAAACCAAUCAAAUAAAAGAGAGUUCCACGUCAAAUCAACACCUAAUUUUAGUAUUAACACGUCCAAACACACUGUAAUUUCAAUAUUUGCAAUUGCAAACAAUCCCUCAUCCAUUUAUCGUUAAAGUCCGUAGAGGGUAGACCAAACGGCUGCCGUUACAGACCGCAGAAAGCAAAAAACAACUCGCCGAAAUAAGGGAGCGGCUGCGCAAGGAAUAAGAACUCGCCGAAUUAAGGAGGAAGAAGAACCUGCGGCGCAAAUAACCUGUGGUGCCCAAUUAUGGAAGACGCUGCGCCGCCCGACGAAGAACCAUCAACUCCAAAAGAAAUUACAUACUCCGGUGAGAACGCAGAGAUGAAUAUAUGUGGCAGUUCAUCAUAUGAUAAUUCAGAUGUGGAAGGCGGUUCUCUUUCAAGUGGUGAAAGUGAAAAUUCUGGUGAUGGACAUGGCGCCGACAUGGAUCUUGAAGAUGGUGAGUUUAAAAGGAUCUCAGAUUUGACGCCAGAUGAGAUACGUGCACUACAUUUUGGAAGUGAAGAUGAAGCCUAUGAGUUUUACACGAAGUAUGCUAAAUGUCAUGGUUUUGUGGUAAGGAAACACAGUGUACGUCGUAACAAAAGUAACAAAUUGGUUACACGUCACUUUGUAUGCAAUAGACAAGGAUUAAGAAACCCAAAACAUCUGACAAGGUCUGACAGGAAAAGAGGUCAUAGACCGUUAACCCG